AUGACAAACAUGUUAAUUUUUAAUCAAUUCGAUAUCAAUGGCAACGGCUUAUUAUCUCUCUCUGAAAUACAAACUGCCGUAAUCACAAAUUUGCCAGAAUAUAAAGACAAUAAACCUGCUAUAUUGCGAGCUUAUAAAGCUGCGGAUGUUUCAAAAGAUGGCUACGUUCAACGUGAAGAAUUCGGUCGUCUUCUUGAUCUUCUUUUUUAUUAUAAAGAGCUACACGAAAUUUUCAAAAGCCUUGAUGUAGAUCAUGACAGACGUAUUACUUUUGAAGAGUUUAAGAAGGGACAUAAACUCAUUUUAUUAGAGGGAUAUUCAGAUGAAAAACUUAAAGAGGAAUUUGAUUCGAUUGAUAAAAAUAAGGGUGGACUUAUUCUUUUUGAUGAG